CAGCCGUGCGGCCGCUCCGGGGGGCGGUGUUUGAGCCCUGGGGGGUUCCGGGGCCUGGAGAGCUCCGAGGGCCUCUCUCCCUGCUCCAGCAUGAAGAGCAGCUGCAGCAGCUCCUCCGUCCCGGGUGCUGGUUCUGCCAGCACGGAUCUGGUCCUGACGGGCCUCCCCAUGCCGGUGUCCCGGCGCCCCGGCAGUGCCUCUCCCACCAAGCACAUGGCACGCUCCAUCUCUGUCACUGCUGACAGCAAAGCCAAGAGGAACGCUCUGGAAGAUGCAGGAUCCAGGGCCAUGAACAACCUAAGGAGGUCCAGCAGCACCACCCAGGUGCCCCAGCGGGUCAGCAGUGCCUGCAGCCCAGAGCAGAGCAGAGACUUCCUGAGCCUCUUUGAGAGCAGUUCUGGGGGAAGAAAGAAGCCAACGGGUCUGAGCAAAACUUCCCCAGAAAAGAAAACCACUUGGAACAUCUUGGAUGAUCAGCCACAAGUGUUCCCGGGCCCCUCCAGCUCCUGUGGGGCUGAGCCACCAGCAGGAAUGAGGAGGAAGGAAAGCACCGUGCUGCUGGCAGCCAACUUCACUGCCAACAACAGGAGCAACAAGGGCGCGAUGGGCAACUGUGUCACCACCAUGGUGCACAACAACUACUGCACUGCUGAGAAGGGCCCCGUGCCCAAGAGCUCCAACCAGGCCCCCAGCUCCCUCAACAACGCUGUCAAAGCCACCUCGAAUGAGGAGGGUGAGAGCAGCAGCUUGGCCAAGUCCCAGAAGAACUUCUCCAGCAACAACAUCAUGACCCGCAACAACAACAGCAGCAGCAGCAGUGGGGGUGGGGGUGGCCUCCCCCGCAGGAAGGAGGUGACCGAGGAGGAGGCAGAGAGGUUCAUCCAGCAGGUGAACCUGGCUGCUGUCACCAUCCAGCGCUGGUACCGCCGGCACUCGCAGCGGCGCAGGGCGGCAGCGGCGGCACUGGGGCGGUUGUUGGCUUCCAAAAGAGAGGAAAGGCAGCAGCAGGUGCAGGAAGGGAAUAUCCUGGAUUUGCACGAGAGGAAGGACGAGGAACGCAGGAAGAUCCGAGAGGAGAAGGCCCGGCUGGCCCGGCACGCUGCCAUCCAGGAACUGCACCAGAAAAGGGCCCAGAAAGUCUCGGAUGCAAAGCACUUGGCAGAAGAGGAGGUUGGGCUGGGGAAGGAGAGCAGACGGGUAGUAAAGAAGAAGCCUGCCAAGCCUGCCCCUGCCAGCCCUGGUCCUGCUGGCAGUGUCACCAAGGCCAAUAAUGCUGUGCCUGAGCCCAGUCUGGUUCCUGCAGAGGCCAAUUUCCACUCGGUAGCUGUGGAGCCAGAAGAAAGCAGCCUGGCAGAGCUGAGCUCCCAGCCCUCACGGGACCCCAGGGCAGAGGAUAAGCUGCAGGAUGUGAGCUCCAGGGAGCUGGGUGGCGAGGAGCUGGAGCCGGUGGUGGGAGCUGCCAGCAGGGCGCAGUCCAAGGUGACGCUCAGUGAGCUGCUGGACACCCUGCGGCUGCUGGAGGAGGAGCCAGAGCUGCUGCCCCCACCGAAGCUCUUCAGAAAGGAGAGAUACGCCUGGGCAGAGGGGGAGCCCAGCUCCAACUCCCUGACUGCUGAUAACCUGGAGAAGUUUGGGAAGCUGAACCACUCGCCGGGGGUCCCGGAGGAUGGGGCCCUGCUCUCUGAGGCCAAGCUCCAAAGCAUAAUCAGUUUUCUGGAUGAGAUGGAGAAGUCAGAACAGGAGAGGCCCAGGUCAGCUGCCUCGGCCACGCAGCGGGAGGGUCUCCUCUCCGAGGAGGAGCUGGCACAUUUGGAGCAAGCCUCAGCUGUUGCCACGGAGGUGACAAGCUCCAUCGUGAGGCUGAAGCUGGAAGUGGAGGAGAAGAAGAGAGCCAUCAGCCUGCUGCAGACUGCCCUGGCUCAGCAGAGAGAACUGACAGACCGACAUGUCAAACAGACUGAGAAGGAGCUCAGCCACCAGCUGAGGCUGCAGAGGGAGCAGUAUGAGGCAGCCAUCCAGAGGCAUCUCACCUUCAUCGACCAGCUCAUCGAUGAUAAGAAGGUGCUGAGUGAGAAGUGUGAGGCUGUGGUAGCUGAGCUGAAACAGGUGGACCAGAAGUACAGCAAGAAGAUCACACAGAUGCAGGAGCAGCACGAGCUGGUCUGGCGCACUUUGGGCCCCUUUUGUGAGGAGAUUAAGAAACUGAAGGAAGUGAUGAGUGCCACUGAGAAAAUCCGUCGGGAGAAGUGGAUUGAUGAGAAAACCAAAAAGAUCAAAGAAAUCACUGUGAAAGGGCUGGAGCCAGAGAUCCAGAAGCUGAUUGCCAAGCACAAGCAGGACAUCAGGAAGCUGAAGAUGCUGCACGAGGCUGAGCUGCUGCAGCUGGACGAGCAGGCAGCCCGGCGCUACGACCGGCAGGCAGAGGAGCUGCGGGGGCUGCUGGAGAGGGAGAGGGAGGAGCAGAGCCAGAGGGAGAGGGAGCUGGCCCGGCAGAGGUGUGAGCAGGAGGAGCAGGAGCUGCAGCAGCAGCGGCGCCGGCUCUAUGCCGAGGUGGCCGAGGAGAAGGAGAGGCUCAGCCAGCAAGCGGCCAGGCAGCGAGCGGAGGUGGAGGAGCUGCGGCGGCAGCUGGAGGCCAGCAGCUUGGCUGUCACCAGGGCUCUGAAGGAGGAGUACAUCAAGGAGAAGGAGGAGCAGGAGAGGCGCCAUCAGGCAGAAAUCAAGGUGCUGAAGGACCGACUGGAGAUGGAGAGGCAAGCCUGGGAGGCCAACUACGUGAAGAAGGAGGAAGCCUGGCUGCUCUCCCGGGAGCGGGAGCUGCGGGAGGAGGUGAGGAAGGAGAGAGACAAAGAGAUCGAGUUGGUGAUCCAGCGCCUGGAGGCUGACAUGUCCUCUGCCAAGGAGGAGUGUGAGAGGGCAGCAGAGAACAGGAUUAAAAGGAUCCGAGACAAGUAUGAGGUGGAGCUCCAGGAGCUGGAGAGGUCUGAGAGAAAGCUGCAGGAACGUUGCAAUGAGCUGAAGGGGCGUUUGGCAGAGCUGGAAGGGGAGAGCAUCCGUCUGCAGGGCCUGCUGAAGCACAAGGAGCAGGAGGUGGAGGAGAUACAGAAGGUGAGGGACCAGCUGGCCCAGGAGCGGAGCAGCUUGGCAGAGGUGAUCAGGCAGGAGUUUGCUGACAGGCUGGUGGGGACAGAGGAGGAGAACAAGAGGCUAAAGGCAGAGAUGGCAGAGAUGAGAGCCCGGCAGCGCCUGGAGCUGGACAGGAUCCUGCGGGAGAAGGACCAGGAGCUGGAGGAGGUUCACAGGAGGGUGAAGACUGCAGUGGUGAGGAAGGAGGAGAGCGUGAGCAGCCUUCGGAAGCAGUACGAGGCAGCUGUGCAGAGAGCCAACCACCUGGAAGCCCUCCUGGAGCAGCAGCGGAAGCAGCUGCUGGCCCCAAAAUGACAAGUCCAGGCUGGGGGGGCUCAGAGGUGCUCGGGGGGAGCAGACACCUCUGGCCUCUCCCUUCCCUCCAUCCUCAUCCUGGUGCCAUGAGCCCUCCUGGGGCACUCAGCACCCUUCAGGAGUUCAGUAUUUUGACAAUAAACCUCUGAUUUCUACA